UCCAGCAAAGAAGACAUGGGUAGUUCUACAGGAAAGGUUUCUGUGUCAGAGGCUGCAAAAGAGAUGGUUGAAAAUACCUUGCUUAGGAAGCCUGGAGGAGAGGAUAUUCUUGAAGAGUACAAGUCAGAAAAUUCACUGAGCCACCGCACCCGGAGACAGCUUGUCAACAUACUGGCAAGUGAUAUGACCGAGAGACAUGGCAGGAUUCCCAGCCGUCAGCAGAGGGAAAAGUAUGCCCUGGGAAUUAUUACGCUCUUUCCUUCACUGAAGGAUCCCUUUUCUCCAAAAGGCUAUAUAAAUCAGGACUUCUUGCUGCUCUUUGGUGCUGAAACAAGCUCCAAGUUGCUUGAGAAGUGGGACACCUCAUUGAAGCCCAAGGUCAUCAAAGAGGCCAAACACCUGACUCCGUCAACUGUUGUGUGUCGCCUGCUAAAAGCUGCUGAGAAACUCACAGAGAAUGAAGAAAAUGGUAAGCUUUACGGCAUGAGGAGGAUCAAUAUAAGUCCAAGUGAUGCAGAGCACAAAAUGGUGCACUUUUACAAGUCAGGCUGCAGCAUUGAUGAGCACCUGCAAGGAGUAGAGGGAAAACAACCAUACAUCCUCGCUGUUGGUCGAGUCCAGAACAGGAUUGACACCUUCUACAUCGCAGUCGACAAGCAGCUCAUCCCCUGCCAAGCCAAAUGCUCAUUGAGUGCUUUCGAUGAACUUUUCAAAUCCCACUACGUGUUCAACCUGUCUUAUGAUGAGUCCCUGGUUCAUCUCUACACUUUUGUGCAGACCACUAUAUUCAACAUUGAUGUAACCUCCACAGAUGAGUCACCGCGUGUUCGUGAGUUACGUGCCAAAAUCUUGAAUGAGAAUUGACCAUGUUUAAAUGUUUCAUCUGUCAAUCUUUGCAUUUCACCAGUCAGGCUUUGAUAGGUCAUUUGU